GCUGAUGUUGCAGAAAGAGAAGGAGAUUGAGAACUUGAAGGAGAUGUUUGUGGAACUGGAUGAGGACGGUAGCGGCCAGGUGACCGAAGUAGAGUUCAAGAAUGCCUUCAGCAUCGAAACCAUCAAAAACAAACUCACCGUGAUGGGUCUCAACGAAGCGCAGCUGCUACAACUCUUUCAUCUCCUGGAUACCGAUGGUGAGGGUGAGCUGGACCUUGAUGAGUUCAUGGGCGGCAUGCAGGCGCUUUCAGGUUUGGCCACUGCGAAGGAUAUGGUGAUCUUGACAAAGGGCAUGGAGAGGAUUGAGAAGCAAGUGAAAUCUCUGAUGGAGAGCUCCUUUUCAGGUGGCCCGAGCAAAGACAUGUUGGAGAACCAAAUGACCCAGUUUCGGGUUGGCAUCAACGACCGCUUUCGGAGAACGGAGGAUUUGGUGAAGGACUUUGCUGGCAAGCUGCAGCGUGUGGCCAACUUGGCCCGUAACGCCGGCUCUGCAGAGCGUGCCGCGGAGCGCACCGCGGAGAGUGUGGAGGGGGAAGCUCCGAAAAGCGAUGAGACCGUGCCGCUGGUCGAGGAGGCAUCGUGACAGUCGUGAAAGUGGUGAAACUGCACAGGGGCUGCUGCGGCAAUGGCAGCGAGUACUGGCUUUCGGGUACCAUUUGUCG